ACCGCUCAUAGUCUCCACUCGUUCAUCAAUUAACCGCUAAAUCUUCAGUCAGGCGAUAGACGUGCGAAAUGGGCGCUCUCAAAGCCGUGGCGCUCAUCACAGGAGGUGAUCAUUCCAACGUCAAAGGCUCCAUUCAGUUCGUCCAAGAUUCAAAUGGUGCGACCCAUGUUAAUGGUAGAUUAAGUGGGCUAUCUCCUGGACUCCAUGGCUUCCAUAUCCACGCUCUUGGAGAUACCACAAAUGGCUGCAACUCCACUGGGCCUCAUUUUAAUCCAUUGAAGAAGAACCAUGGAGCUCCUGGGGAUUCAGAACGUCACGCUGGAGAUCUGGGGAACAUCUAUGCAGGCCCUGAUGGGGUUGCUGAAGUUUCCAUUACAGAUAGGCUGAUUUCACUUAAGGGACCUCAUUCGAUACUUGGACGGGCAGUUGUUGUGCACGCUGAUCCCGAUGAUCUUGGCAAGGGCGGGCAUGAACUCAGCAAGACGACUGGAAACGCUGGUGCAAGAAUCGGAUGCGGCAUUAUUGGGAUCCAAUCCUCUGUUUAAAGGUUGGCUGUGCUGGAACCCUCUCUCUCUCUCUCU